AUGGAGCCUCCAACUUAUCCCAGCAACUGCCUAGCGUUCUUGACCAAUUUAUCAGCCGACGAACGAUCCAAAUUUGCGAGGAUCAAACUGAACAUAAUUGUUGUGGGUGCUGGAAUCGGUGGGCUAGCUACAGCGAUCGCUCUCGCGAUUUCCGGCCAUGAAGUAACAGUUUAUGAACAAGCCCAAGAGCUCGGGGAAGUCGGCGCUGGUAUUCAAGUACCACCAAACUCAACUCGUAUUCUGAGCAAACUAGGCUUAGAUCCCUACUUGAAAGGGUACACGACCGAGCCCGAGUCCAUCUCUUUGCGACGUUGGCAGACGGGAGAUGUCAUUGGUCUCACGCAGAUAAUCCCGAAUAUCAAGCGAACAUUCGGCUCUCCGUACUACGUGAUCCAUCGCGCCAACUACCAGUCAGCUUUGUAUAGGCGGGCGUUGGAUGUAGGUGUCAAAAUCAAAUUCGCUUCGCGGGUUGUUGGGUACGAUACUGAGGUACCGAGAAUUGAGCUUGAAACAGGCAUGUCUGUUCCAGCUGAUUUGGUUGUUGCAGCAGAUGGCGUCAAAUCGGUUGCUCGGGGAAUUCUUGAUGACAGUGGCAAACCUGCUUUCCAAAAGACUGGGUUUGCAGCGUAUCGGGCCACUGUGGACGUGGAACGCAUUAGAGAUGACCCGGAGCUUUCGUGGCUACUGGAUCGACCGGCUAUGAAUAUCUGGAUCGGUGAUCAGCGACAUGUGAUGACAUAUACCAUCGGAGCUGGGAAGUCUUUCAAUAUGGUUCUCUCGCAUCCAGAUGACAGUGACCCUUCCACCUGGAAUCCAGCGACGGCAAUUACCGAGAUGAGGCGCGAAUUCAUGGGAUGGGACACCCAACUCGAAAAGCUUGUUGGACUAAUUGACAAAACGCUCAAGUGGCCGUUGAUUAGUGGUGUCCCAUUAACCCGCUGGGUAACUGGUAAAGUGUUGAUUCUGGGAGAUGCAGCACAUUCAAUGCUUCCCUACAUGUCUCAAGGCGCAGCAAUGGCCGUGGAAGACGGUAUCGCACUAGCACGAUCUCUGUCCGAGCUUUCGGAUGCAGCAGAUCUCUCCAAGGCCCUGCAUAUUUUCGAACAGGUUCGUAAGGAACGCGCAGAAAAAAUGCAGGAAGCAAGUCUUCUGAAUGGAAAGUUGUUACAUUUUGCCGACGGACUACUUCAGCGAGCCCGUGAUACAGGUAUGAAACCGGAAACGCUGGGCCUGCAAUUCCUCCAUAGCCCUAAUCAAUGGAGUGAUCCGGCCACUCAGAUGUGGUGUUAUGGAUAUGAUGCUGAGCGAGAGAUCGACCGAGCCUGGGAAAAGUGA